GUGAGAGACGGACGGUAGAGAUGAUGUGGGUUGCGACUGGUGGCCCUUUUUCCUUGCCGCCAUCGCACGGGCAUUCUCGGAAUUAGCGACGACCCUCGUGGGGGUUACUGGAGCUGUCGCCUUAAUACCAAAUUGGCCCGUCGCCCCAGCGCGAACGCAGCUCCCUCUGCGGAGACGGAGAGGUCUACGUGACGUGGACGCGUGCACGGGGAACGGCGGCUCCGGAGAGCGGUGGAGGAGGAGACGUCCGUGUACGGGGCGGGGUGGAGAUGACGAGGCGAUGUUCGCACUGUAGCAACAACGGGCACAACUCGCGGACGUGCCCGGCGCGGGGAGGGGGCGUGCGCCUCUUUGGGGUGCGGCUGAUGGAAGGGACGGGGACCAUGAAGAAGAGUGCCAGCAUGGGGUGCCUCUCCUCUUCCUCGGCGUCCGCCGUGUUGUCCUCCCUCUCCGGCGCUAGCGCCGGCGCCGCCUCGCCGUCCGGCGGUGCGCUUGGUGACCACCACUGCAGCACCGUCGCCGCCCCCGCCUCCGGUUACGCUUCCGAUGACCCAGCCCGUGCGUCCUGUUCUUCCAAUUGCCGCAGCGAGCGCAAGAAAGGGGUCCCUUGGACCGAAAAUGAGCAUCGGAUGUUCUUGAUGGGCCUUCAGAAACUGGGGAAAGGUGACUGGCGUGGAAUAGCUCGAAAUUUUGUUGUGUCUAGGACCCCAACACAAGUUGCAAGCCAUGCACAGAAAUAUUUCAUCCGACGGAGUAAUGCCUCAAGAAGGAAGAGGCAUUCUAGUUUGUUCGACAUUGUACCUGAAAUGCCAAUCGACGAGGCUCCUAACCAUGAAGAGCAGUUGUUGCCGCAUUCUCCUAAUGAACUGGAGAGCACCAGUCGGUCGCCAACUUUGCAUCUUGGUCUACAAGGACCUGAGCCUGCUGAACCCUCGACAACCAUGCAUGCUGCGCAACUCAUAGAAAGCAUUCCACGAAUACAUAACAAUCAUCCAGUAUCAAUGCUGCUACCGGCAUUUUACCGAACCUUCAUACCUGUUCCUGGACCUUUCUGGCCGUCGAAUCAGAUCACCACUGCCAAAGAGGAAAUGAUGAGGGAAACCCACAAGAUCGUAAUGCCUACUCCUGUUGUCCCAAAGGAGCCUGUGAAUGCGGAUGAGGUCGUCAGUAUGUCGAAGCUCAGCAUUGGUGAGGGCCUCCCACAUCACAUGGAUCCAUCUGCUCUCUCCCUCAGACCGAGCGGAACCUCCUCUAGUUCGAGGCAGUCUGCCUUCCACAUCGACUCUUCCAUUGCUGUGCCUGAUCUGAACCAAACUAACAGCAGUCCUAUCCAUGCAGUCUGAGGCAAGACACAAGUGGUGCAUGAGUUUGUUCUCUUUGCUCUCUGACAACAUAACUCCUGUUCUAAUAUCUGCAUCAGCCUCUAGCAUACCCAAUUCUCAUCCAAGUUGUUGUGCUUCUUUUGUUAAUAUUUGAACUCAAAUUCUUACUGAAUAAGGGUAUCCAGGAAAGCUGUUAUUUGUAUGCUAGUUUCAGUUCUUGUCGAAGGGACAUACUUUUGAACAUAGGGAAGUGAUAUAUCAUGCAAGCUUUGGGGUCAACUGAUUGUGGUCAUUAUUCUUACGGUUUUAGAAUGCACCAUUGUGGAAGAUGAGCAUUAUA